AUGGGUAGGUCUUUUACGGUCUAUGUGGCCGUGUUGGCGGCGACGGGAUCGUUCCUUUUUGGUUAUGAUAGUGGGGUGAUGACGGAUGUGAUCGAGUCGCCAAACUUCCUGGCCUACUUCCAAACCACGCAGACAUCGGCGAUAGUCGGAGCAAUCAAUAGCACUUUUUCAGGCGGAGCCGUCAUCGGUUCUUUACAAGGCGGGUUGACCAUGGAUCGCUUCGGGCGCAAAAAGACCAUCCAGAUGGGUGCCUUGAUCUGUCUCAUCGGCGCGGUCCUGCAAUCCGCCGCGCAGAACCUUGCUAUGAUUCUGACUGGUCGCAUUCUCGCCGGAGGGGCCGUCGGGCUCAUGAGUAUGUCUGUACCAGUUUACCAGGCCGAGGUCGCGCACCCACGCUCUCGAGGGUUGAUCGUUGGCUUAGCACAGCAGAUGAUUGGAAUCGGAUUUAUUGUUAGCACGUGGAUCGGGUACGGUUCUCUGCAUGCGCCGGAGACCAGCCAGCUCCAGUGGCGACUGCCCCUGGCCUUCCAGGUUGUUCCAGCUCUAGUUUUGGUCAUCGGCAUGAUUUUCCUCCCGGAGUCCCCACGAUAUCUCAUCGAGGAAGAGCAGUACGGCGAAGCAAUGCGCGUGCUUCGCAAGCUGCAUUUCGACGGGACCAACGACGAAUGGAUUGAAGCCGAGUUUUUCGAGAUUCGCCGAACGAUCGAGGCUGAAAAAAGCGUUGCGGUACAGGGGUGGGCCCCCAUGUUCACUGUUCCACAAUGGCGCACCCGUAUGCUACAUGGCGUUGCGGUCCAAGUCUUCACUCAGAUGACGGGAAUCAACGUGAUCGGGUAUUACCAAACCAUCAUGUACAAGGCCCUGGGGUUCACUGGGAAUCGGAACACGCUGGUGGCGGGCCUCUACAACUGCGUGGGGCCGAUCGCGAACUUCAUUUUCGUGGUUUUCCUUCUCGAUCGGGUCGGUCGCCGGCGACCGAUGCUGUUUGGCACGCUAGGAAUUUCACUUGCACUGAUCUGCGAGGCUGCGUUGAACUCGCAGAACCCGGACGGUCAGCGCAUCGGAUACAGCAUCGGUGGCGUGUUCUUCCUGUUCGCUGUAUCGGUCAUUUUCUCCAUGUCGUUUGGACCUUGUAGCUGGGUCUACAUGGCCGAGGUCAUGCCGAUGCAGAUCCGGGGCAAGGGCAAUGCCUUUGCCGUUGGAGUCGGCAACUGGGCGGUCAGCACGCUGUGGAAUCAAGUUUCGCCCAUCGCGCUGGGCCAGAUUGAGUGGAGGUUUUAUUUUGUCUUCGUGGCGUGGAACCUGUGCGUCUCCUUCCCAGUGAUCUAUUUCCUGUUCCCGGAAACUAAGCAGAAGACGCUGGAGGAGAUCGAUCUGCUGUUUGCCCAGCGCAUAGAGCGAAUACCCGACGAGAUGACGCAGAGGGAGAAAGAAGAGGCCGGGGUCUCGGCGAUGAAUGUAGAGAACACGAAGCUCCACAAUUAG